UUGGAUUUUUAACCAAAGUUUAGUGUGUAAAUAGUGAAUGUGGUGAAACAUAAUGCUGCGAAUGUUUUCGAAUUUCAUAGUGUCGACAGCGGGAGCCCUUUUGCUAGCAAGCUGUACGGUGAGCGGCGAUUCGUUUGUUGAAUUGUCGCAGUACCACCGCAUGCCCAAGCUGUCCGAGUUCGACGAUUACGAUCAAUGUAUGGAAGGGGGACCGGUUGGAACGGUGGCCACAUACUGUGUGAUACGACUGGCCAUUGAACCUGACAACAGUUCCGAGUUAUGGCAUACGAUUGAGGCCUUUUCACGAGAUCGAAGACAUUACAAUCAUCGCCAUCUGGAGCGUGGAGUCUGCGUAGAACAAUGCAAGCAGUUAGUUCAAGGACUGUCCAACACAACCCGACAGAUGCUGAAAGCCAACAAGUUCGAAAUUGACUAUCCGUACAUUUUCGAUGUGUCCGUAUUCAAAGAUACGUACAAGAACCGCGAUCGCUACGGAGAGUUGCUGGAAGUUUGCUUAAACUACAAACUGAAUCAGACUUAUCAAUUGAAGGCAUACACAGAAAUUGAGGUCUGCGAUAGGAACGAUGAGUCUAGUGACACUGAUUUGUUGGACAUGCUAUUCAUAGCAGUUUUCAUCACUAUAAUCACUAUUGUUGUGAUGUCAAGUUGGUACGAUAAAAGGAUCAACUACAAACAAGAUGUGCUACAUUACAAGACCGAUAUCAUCAGCAAAAAAAAUAAGAUUUACGUGUCGUUCUCAAUUGUUCGUAACUGGUACCGUUUAACGUCACGUUCGUCAGACUCUCUGCAUAAAGACCUCCGAUUCUUUCAAGCAAUAAGGUUCUUCACAAUGAUAUUCGUCAUUUUUGGACACGCCAUGUUCAUGUACGCUAUAAUUCCCAUUCAGAAUACAUCCGAGAUGGAAUUGAUGUACCACCGCAUCGGAACGAUGAUCCUAACGGGUGGGGUUCAAAUUACCCAAAUCUUCUUCUCCAUAAGCGGUGUCUUGAUGACACUCCAUGUUAUGACCUAUGCCGAGCAAAGCAGCAACAAGAUCGGGAUCCUUUUCCUGCUGAAAGCUAUCAUAAAUCGCUACGUCCGACUAACUCCGGUGUAUGCCUUCAUCAUUCUGCUGCAUGCCACUUGGUUGGUGAAAAUGCAGGAUGGUCCAUUGUGGAAACAUUAUACGGAAACCGAAAAGGUCUACUGUCGGAGGAAUUGGUGGACCAAUUUGCUGUACGUCAACAACUACGUAAAGGCGGAUCAACCGUGCGUUCAGCAAGGAUGGUACCUAGGGUGUGAUUAUCAGCUUUUCAUCGCUGGAACAUUGCUAUUGAUCUUGAUCAAUAGAUUCCGCAGAUUCCUGAUACCGAUCGUAACGUUAGCCUCCAUUGGAUCAUACGUGCUUCCUGCGCUGUUCAUCUACUAUCAGAAACUGGAGGGAGUUUUUGUAAUAACACUCGAAGCCCAGCGAUUCAUCUUGUGGCAAGAUCAACACUACCUGAAGUCAUACGUUCCCCUCCAUGUCAACACAGGAAACUUCCUCGGCGGAAUGAUAACUGGUCUCAUCUAUAUGAAUUUCAAAAAGCGAAAUUUUAAUCCGGUUCGGAAAGCGUGGUUCCGCAUCCUUUGGUAUUCGAUUAUCCCGACAGCUCUCGCAAGCCUGCUGAUUCAGUACAUUUUCUACGUGAACGACUUCAAAAAACCUUCCAUCUGGAUGGCAAUCUACUUCCCGGUGACGAAGAACUCCUGGGCAUUUUUCGGCUGUAUUUUCAUCCUAGGAUUCAUAAAUGGGAUCGCCCCGAUAUUGCAGCGGAUCUUCAACCAGCGAAUAUUUGAGCCCUUGGGACGCCUAACAUACGCUGCUUUUCUGUCCCACGCGUUUGUGAUGCGCUUGAUUGUUUUAAGCGUACGAACUCCAACUCACAUCAAUCUAAGUGUUUGGCUUACCAUUACUUUCGCUACGCUUGUGUUUUCAUAUCUGAUGGCGUUGUUUCUGUGUCUGGCUUUGGAGCUCCCUGUAUCUGCAUUGCAGAAACACAUGCUCUGUUCAUGGAGAGUUGAUGCUGGCAAGCAACUCGAUUCAGAAGUCACUAUUGCAGUGAAAAAAGAACAAAUACAGAACAGUUUACCGUAGACAUUUGAAGGCACAACGAAAAACUAGUUUAUCGAA